AUGCUUGGUCGCCAAAUUGUUAGCUUUUCGAUCCAACUAAAUUCAAAAUUGUUUGCUCCAUUAGUUGUGCCACAUACUCAAACUCAUGGGGCUAAUUGUCCGGUUAGCAAAUCAGGAAGAUGUCCUGGAAGUGGUGACGCAAAACAAGGUGGUACAAAAGCUGUACCAAUAAAAGUUGGACCAAUCGUGAAUGUGUCAUCAUCUGGAGAUGACGGUACACCUGGUAGUGGACAAAAAAGAGCCAUAAGGCCAGGAAAAGUUCGCUUGGGUUUCAUUCCAGAAGAAUGGUUUGGUUUCCUAAAACCAAUGACUGGCGUCACGGGACCCUAUUUUUUAAUGAUAGGUCUUGCAAAUUAUUUAGUCAGCAAAGAAAUCUUCGUAAUGGAACACGAAUAUUAUAUGGGUAUUUCUCAGUUCAUAAUGGUAUAUUAUGCUGUCACCAAAUUCGGACCACAGCUUGCUGUUUAUCUUGAUAAAGAAGUCGAUGAUUUCACCAAAGAUUUAGAAAAAACUAGAAUAGAUGAGCUCAAUUUUCAUCAAAAUGUUAUAAAAGAGUCAGAAACUGCAAUCUGGAGAGCAAUGGGACUAAAAGACUUGAUGCAGGCUAAGAAAGAAAAUAUUGCAGUGCAAUUAGAAGCUAUUUAUAGGGAAAGAGCAAUGUUGGUAUACCAACGCGUCCGUGGCCGUUUGGACUAUCACGUAAGAAAACAACGUACUGUAAACCGUGUAAAACAAAAGUGGAUGGUGCAAUGGAUUUUAAACAACGUUGAAAAAUCAAUUACUGCAGAUUUUAAAAAACAAGCGAUGGAAAGUGCUCUUCGUCAGUUGACAGCUUUAGCAGAACAGAUGCCUCAUAAAUAA